AUGCGUGGCCUCGAUGACAGUACCGACAUCAUUAUUCGUGUGAGCCAGAGUGCGGGAGAGCAGGUGAAACAUGGGCUGGAAGCGUUUGUCAAUUUCGCAGCUCGGGACAAUGUCCUCGAGGUUGCGCUUGGUUUGAUUAUUGGAAAUGCAUUUACGAAAGUCGUGACUUCGUUCGUGUCGGACAUCGUGCUGCCGAUUGUCUCCCUAUUGCCUUUCCUGAAUCGCAACAUGGACCAGAAGUUUGCCGUGCUCUCCAGAGGCCCCAACUACGUAGAAGGAACGGGGUACAACACGGUCAAACAGGCAAGGGAGGACGGGGCGCUGGUUUUGGCAUGGGGAAUUUUCAUUGAGACCAUUCUCAAUUUCCUCGGGGUCAGCUGCACUCUAUUCGCGGUCGCACACAUUUAUAUGUUCGUGUCUCACAACAAAAUCAUCAAGCCCACCGUGCGAUGCAGAUAUUGCAAGAAAUUUAUCAGUAUUGAGGCCAAACGGUGCUUGAAUUGCUCCAGCUGGCAGGAUGGGAGAGAGGACCAACCUGGCGAGGAGUAUAGCGAUGAAGAAGAGGAACGUCGAGGCCACGGAGAGAGUUAG